AUGAGACUAAUCUUUAUUGAUCGCAGUUCACAACUUGUCAACUUAUGGGAAAGACAUUUCAAAGAAGCUGCAAAAGUUGGAUUAAAUUUCAAAUGGUUUGAUAAGCCUAUUGAUUUUUCAGUUCAGAGAUCACCUUUAUGUGAAAUCAAAGUUGGUGAUUUCACUGGUAGAUCAGCUGUUGUAUCACCUGGUAAUUCACUUGGUGAACUUGGUGGUGGUUUAGAUCAAGUUAUUGGUGAAAUUUUCAGUCCAAAUUGGAAUUAUCAUGAUACUUCAAACUUAUUAAAAAAUAAAAUUACAAAUGGUUAUGCUCCUCCAGGUUGUGUUAAAGCAUUAACAUUACCAGAUAAUGCAAUUAAAUCUUCAUUAGCUUAUGAAAAAUUAAGAUCAAAUACAAUUAUUCAUUGUCCAACUAUGAGAAUCCCAAGAGAUAUUGCAGGAUUAGGUGAUUUACAUUCUUAUAGACAAGUUUUCGAUUGGACUUGGGAAAUUUUGAGAACAGCUGAUGAAAAAAAUCACUUAAUCAAAGAUGAAUCUGAUCGAUUAGGUGCUAUAAUCUUACCAGGAUUAGGUACAGGUUUUGGUAAAAUUCCUUCAGAAGUUUGUUCAAAAUCAAUGAUUGCAGCUGCUUUAAUAUUCACAUUAGAUAACUAUACAGCUCAAGAAAAGGCAUUAUUUGCAUUAAGAUAUUUAGGUGAAGACUCCACCAAAUUGAAUAUUUCAAGUGAUAAAAUUCCAAAAACUCCAUUUUCACCAGAACAAAAUUCAAUAAGUGAAUUAUUUUUAGGUACGAACACCUCUGCUUAA